AUGGUUUCUCAAGACCAAAGUAAGGACUCUGGCUCCAAAAAAAAUGGAGGUAAGGAGCUUGGAAUGGUAACUCCUCAAGACAAGCCCUUGAAGAAGAUGAAGUUUGUUUCAUCUGCUGAGACAGAACCAACCAGCACGACAACAAUUUCUGAGGAUUCAAAGUCAGGUCGAGGUAUGAGCACAAUGCCUCGUGUUGUGAAGAGAAAAUUGCAGAAAAUCAAGCCAGUUGUUGAGUACAAUAAAAGGGGGAAAGGAUGUGGCCCUGCACAUACUGAGAUGCAGUCCUACAUUGGUGUGUUGGCACGCUCCAGAGUCCCACUUGUGGACAAGAAAUGGGCUGAAAUCCCCAAGGAUAUAAAGGAGCAGAUUUGGGAAGCCGUUGACAUGGCUUUUGUGGUAGGUCAAGGGGGCAAGACCUCGGUGUUAUCUUCUGCUGCCAAGAAAUGGAAGGAUUUCAAGUCUACACUGACGAGGCAUUAUAUCCUUCCAUACAUCAAGGAGAGGGAGAAAUUAAGCCAACCCCCUGAAGAUGAAUUGCAAAAACAAGUGGCUGAAGGCAGUCUUAGUUUAACUGGCAGUAAUGAUGUGUUGACCUUGGCUUUGGGUCCCGAGCAUCCAGGGAGAGUAAGAGGGGUAGGUGCUAGGAUUUCCCCUAGGCAAUUCUUCAAUUUACCUAGACCACAAAGGAUAAAGUUUGCCGAUCAAUUGAGGGAAAGUGUAAGAAUUGUCCUUCAAGAAGAGACUAAGAAGAUGGAAGCUAGAACCAAACAAUUGGUAGAGGCUGAGAGGGAACAUUUACUAAGUUAG